CGCCGCGACACGUGACCGGCGAUCCCGGCCCGCGCGCGCACACGCACGUACACUUCACGCACGCGCAGGCCGCACCGGCCCCGGCCGAGCCCAUGGCGUCCGAGCGGCUGCAGAGCCGGCCCGCCUGCCUGCUGGUGGCCAGCGGCGCCGCCGAGGGUGUGUCCGCCCAGUCCUUCCUGCACUGCUUCACGUUGGCUGGCGCCGCCUUCAACCUGCAGGUGGCCACCCCUGGGGGGAGGACCAUAGACUUCGUGGACGUUAACGAGAGCAACGCCCGCUGGGUGCAGGAUUUCCGCCUCAAGGCCUACGCGAGCCCCGCCAAGCUGGAGUCCAUUGAUGGUGCCCGGUACCACGCCCUCCUGAUACCCAGCUGUCCCGGGGCCCUGGCCGACCUGGCCAGCAGUGGGUCCCUGGCCCGCAUCCUCCAGCACUUCCGCUCAGAGAGCAAGCCCAUCUGUGCUGUUGGUCACGGCGUCGCCGCCCUCUGCUGCGCCACCAAUGAGGACCGGUCGUGGGUGUUCCAGGGCUACAGCGUCACAGGGCCCUCUGUGUACGAGCUCGUCAGGGCGCCUGGCUUUGCCCGCCUGCCCCUCAUCGUGGAGGACUUCGUGAAGGACGCGGGCGCCAACUUCAGUGCCAGCGAGCCUGACGCUGUGCACGUGGUGCUGGACCGCCACCUCGUCACGGGCCAGAACGCCAGCUCCACCGUCCCGGCUGUGCAGAAUCUGCUCUUCCUGUGCGGCAGCCGGAAGUGACAUGGCUUCCCGCGGAGCCAGCCGGCCUGCCAGUGGACGCUGCCACCUCAGGCCUCCGGGGACCCUGCUUCCGCGACCGCCCCUGAGAGCGACUUUCCCGGCCCCUGCCUGACCCUGUGGGAUUGUUGGGGGCCUCCGGGACUGAGCCCUGAGGGGCGUUUUCUUUGGAGCAGAGGGAGAGCUGAGGGCUGAUAGGUGGUCUCUGAGAAUUCCAAGUGAGCGUAACGCGCAGAGCGGGUCUGAGUCAGCCGCGGGGGUCCUGGUGUGGGGUCUCGGCGCCCCCUGGUCUUCCUGGGCGCUGGGUCUCUCGCCCUUGCCUGUCCCCGUCCGCCCAGGCUGAGCCUCGCCAGGGCACCGGGAUCCCAUUUUGUGUGGUGACGGUGCCCGGGCUGCUGCCCCCACCGCUGUGGGUGUUGGGGGGCUGUGCUAGCUCCCGGCCCCCAGAAUACCCCCGGAUCGGCGGGUGCUGAAGGAGCCGCCCUAAUUGUAGUCCUUGCCUGGUGUGUGGUUUCGCAUUGUGAUGGCGGCACUGCACCAGGCCAGGGUGGACCCAGGGGCAGGUGUCACCACGCUCCUGAGGGAAACGUGCUCGUGCGUCUACAGAGCAGUGCUGCUGGCCCACAGCUGCCGGGCGGCCUCCAGGCUUGCAGCCGCACCUCUGCUUGUGAAGUAGAAGUGACAGCGGCACAGGCCCUACCGGGCGGGAAGCCUUGCAUGUGGCCGGCCUGGGUCUGGGGUGGUGGUUGGUCCGCACCAUCCAGGACCCCGCAGGCCUUUGCUGGGGAGGCCCCUUCCCGGUGCGUCCGGAUCACCCUGUGGUCUCCUCGGGGUGCCUGGCCCAGGCUGCGGCCCACAGUGGGACCUCCAGGAGCCGCCCGGGCCUUCUUGUGGGUCCCACCGUCCGCCAGCCCCUCCCCGUCUGGGCCCAGCUCUGCACCCAGCCCCUUGGAACAAAGGAGGAGCAAAGAAGCAAGGCAUCCCUGGGUCUCAGGCCGCUCCUUCCAGUGCCGCAGACCACUCUGAGAUGCUCCCAUGCCCCCUCCACUUCGGGUGUUUGCUGGGAGCACCGUACCAGGAGCUCCUGACACUGCUGUCGCCCUGCUCUGUGCCCACUGCGGGCUGCCCACCCGCACCCAGGGGCCUUGGUCCUACUCUGCCUGCACGGAUCACCGCAGGUUUCUUAAAGAUCACGCCUCGUGGGUGUCAUCUGUACCAUCUACAGAGAGCUGGUGAUGGUUUUGCUUCUGAGUGUCAGAUCAAGGUGCCGGCGGGCCCUGCUGAGCGCCCCAUACAGCCGCUUCCUGGGCAGCCGCUGUGGCUCGGCCCUGGCUUUGCCAGGUCAGGGUGUAGGGCUGGGGGUGCCUCCAGGCUUCGAGAAACGCGGGCCCCCCCUGCAAGGGGCAGGGUGUGGGUGUGGGCGGCCUGCUGCUCUGGGAUGCCCCCACAUGCCUAGGGCUUUAAAACAGACCCUGACGUCCGCCUGCAGGAAACGACCUACGGGAACAACGCGUAAGCAUCUGUAGCAGCAUUAGUCACAAUAACAAACGUAAAACAAA